AUGACCGAUACAGUGACCGUUCUGGUCUCGAGACCACCGCAAAGUGCGGGAGAUUUAAUGGCAUCCCGAGUUCUGCCGCCUAAAAGCGAAUGCAGUGGUAUUCGAGGGUUCUCUCAAGGGCAGGGAGGAGCAGAAUAUCAUGUCAGAGAGACAGAUCUGUUUCGAGCGCCAACUUUACCACCGAGCGACGAGGGGAUUGAACUUGAACCUCAUCAAUUUUCAACAGCCAUGUCUUUUCCUGAAGGGGGUCGGAAAGCCUGGCUUGUCGUCUUCUCGUCGUUCUGUUUGAUAGCGGCGACAUUCGGGCUCACUGCUUCAAUUGGACUUUUCCAAUCACAUUGGCAAUCCGAUCAGCUCUCAAACUAUAGCUCUCAAGAUAUAGCAUGGAUCUCUUCUACCCAAGUCUUCCUGACCUUGUUUUUGGGUGUGCAAAUUGGCCCGCUUUUUGAUCGAUAUGGACCGCGAUAUCUGACAUUCGUGGGCUCAGUGGGAUGCGUGUCUUAUCUGCUGCUCCUAGGCCAAUGCACAAAAUAUUGGCAGUUUCUCCUUUGCUUCGGAGUUCUCGGCGGAACAAGUGGUGCGAUAUUGACGACCGUUGCACUAUCUGUAAUAUCCCACUGGUUCAAAGCUCGGAGAGGCCUGGCCACUGGCAUCACCUUUACCGGGACCAGCUUAGGAGGGAUAGUGUUCCCAUUGGCGCUGCGGUCCAUAUUAAGUCACAUGUCAUGGGCUUGGUCAAUGAGGGUAUUGGCUUUAUUUGUAUUCAUCCUAGUGCUAUUCGGGAAUAUCUUUGUGCGAGGCCGACUGCCAACUCAGGAGCAGGGAGGUGUCAUUAGCCUGAGGAGCUUCCGAGAUGCGAGAUUUGUUUGGACAACUGCUGGAAUUUCUUUGCGCCCGCUGACCUUGACCGAAGGUUUCGAGUUCGUCCUCUUUACGGCCAUUGGCCUGCUUCCCACCUAUGCCCUGGAUCAAGGGUUUGGCCGCGAGACGAGCUUCAACGUGAUUGCCAUAAUGAAUGCGUAA